AUGGAAUUGAUAUUAGUUGCUUUGUGUCUAACCCCUUUCUUAGCCAUUUUCCUAAAAACACUCAUCAAACGAAUCACUACCACAAAACCUAAGUUGCCAUCUCCAUGGCGACUUCCGGUGAUAGGAAACCUCCAUCAGCUCAGUCUUAACCCUCAUCGUGCUCUCCAUACUCUCAGCCUCCGCUAUGGACCACUUAUGCUCCUUCAUUUCGGGCGUGCUCCUGUUCUCGUGGUCACUUGCCCUGAUGUAAGUCAUGACAUCAUGAAAACAUACGAUAUUCAGUUCGCAAACAGGCAGAAAUCAAAAGCUAUUGAUAUAUUCAUGGAUGGUGGUCGUGAUAUACUAUUUUCCUCUUGCGGAGAAGAUUGGAAGAACAAGAAGAGUCUGUGCGUGGUGCAUCUGCUCAGCAACAAAAUGGUUCGGUCCUUUGCGAGCUUAAGAGAAGAAGAAAUAAAAUUAAUGACAGAUAAACUUGAAGAAGCAUGUUCAUCUUCUUCAUCAAUAAAUCUCAGCAAUGUCCUUAUGGCUCUUACAAACGAUGUCAUAUGCAGAAUCACCUUUGGUAGAAAAUAUAACAGCAAGGAAGGUGGAAUUGAUGUCAAGAAAUUAGUGAUGACAUCCUCUGAGUUUUUUGGCAAAUUCUUUUUCGGAGAUUUUAUUCCGAGUUUGGCAUGGAUCGAUAGGAUCCGUGGCAUAGAUGAUCAAAUGAAGGAUAUGAAUAACAAGUUAGAGGGGUUUUUAGACAACACGGUGCAAGAACAUGUAGAUGCUGAUCAUGAAGAACCAUCAGACUUUGUUGAUGUGUUGCUAUGGCUUCAAAAAGAUAAAACCAAAAAGUUUCAGUUUGACAAAAAUGACAUAAAACUCAUCCUCAAGGAUAUAUUUUUUGCGGGAACAGCCACAACUGCCUCACUACUAGAAUGGACACUGACAGAGCUAUUUAGACAUCCAAAGGUUAUGAAGAAACUUCAAGAUGCGAUUAAAUCAGUUUCGAUGCAUAAUUCAAAUGUAACGGAGAAAGAAGUUGAGCAAAUAAGUUAUUUACAUGAUGUGAUCAAGGAAGGGCUACGGUUGCAUCCCUCUGGUCCAUUACUAUUCAGACUACCAAGUGAAGAUGUCCAACUAAAAGGAUACAAUAUUGCUGCAGGGACACAGGUGAUAAUCAAUGUUUGGGCAAUCCAACGAGACCCUGCGAUAUGGGGACAUGAUGCAGAUGAAUUUAGACCAGAGAGGCAUUUAGAGUCGAAUUUGGAUUUUAACGGUACUGAUUCCAAGUUCCUUCCAUUUGGAGCGGGGAGAAGACUGUGCCCCGGUAUUGGAUUUGCUAUGGUCAUGGCCAAACUGAUACUAGCCAACAUUGUAAAACGGUUCAACUAUAGAGUCGAGGUCGGACCAACGGGAGAUGAUAUGCCUGAUCUAGCUGAAGCAUCUGGUAUCGAUGUUUGUCGCAAGUUCCCUCUCAUUGUUUAUCCAUCAGUUGUGCACGCGUGA